AACAGUGAAGUAUUUAUACAGGAUGGGAAAUCUCGGUAGCUCUGAUGGACACGAUCUAAACUGCAGUGGGCAACGUGAUCAAUCUGAGAUAGGGAAUGGGCAGUCAGGAUAAAAUAGCAUAUAAAAAGCUUUGAAUUUAGUUUAUGUAUGGCAAUGGAUACAUUUCGUAUGGCAAACAGAGUGUACUGGAUCAUUGCACUUCGUUUACUCCUGGCGGCCGUGAAUGGUGAAGACAACACAUCGAGCACUGUAUCGGCAGAAAGAAGCGCAGAAGAUGGUGACUAUAUGGGUUGUUACUAUCAAACUUGCUUAGACCUGCUCUAUUACCCAAUCCUCUCGGAAAUGACCCCAGAUUCGUGCACAGCUGCAUGCAAACAGCAGGGCUACAGGGUAGCUGCGGUGCACAACAGAACAGAGUGCUCUUGCUCUUGUGAGCUGCAGAAGGCGUGUCAUAGUGAGAAGCUGGAAGACAAAUAUUGUGGUCUACCAUGUAGAUUUGAUGCACUAAGAUUCUGUGGAGGUUAUUUACGGGCAUCUGUAUACCAUGUCUUUGCUGGCACCCUGGGCGACAUGUGUAACCAACAAAAACAGGAAAAAACUGGUCUUCAAAUUAUCAUCAGUGUUCUGAUAGUUCCCGUCGCGAUUAUCGUCGGAAUCAUAGGGUGCAUGGUAAAUCGACAUCGCCGACUAGGAAGACAACCCACGACAUAUCCACCCGAAGCAGAUCAAAUUAAAGAAGCUCAUUCCGAUACCAGCGACACGAAUAGGGCGUUGGAGAGGCUAACGCAAGAAUCUGUUUCGCAUGUCUACGCAGAAGCUGACCAAUGUCAUUUCUCGACUCAAGCAACACGGAAAUUCCAGAGAAAUCCCGAUACGGUUAAAUCUGGAAACGCAUCAAAAAGCAACUGCACGCACACCAAGCCUAAUGGUAGUACGGAUGUAUCUGAAGGAUCAACGGGAUCUUGGUCAUGGUCAUGGGGUCAGUUAAGACCCUUUGUUGUUGGCGGUGCGAGUUUUUUUUAAGUAUUACUCAUCAUAAUCGCCUUUGCUUCUUUGAGAAACCGGGAUCGUCGGGUGGUCUACUCGCCUCGAAAUCAUUCACGAAGAUGGCGUGCCGAUGCAACGUCACGAGAAAAUAAAGAGCGCCCUCCCACUGACCAACAGACAAGCAGGGAUCAACCAAAACUUCCUCCACGAAACCUUGGUAGCGGUCAACAGCCAUCUGAGGUAGACUCGGUACGAACUCGGAUCGGAAACACUAAGGAAGAAGACACAAGCGACGGUAUUCUGGUUCGAGAAUCCGAUUUCUAUAAUGUCAUUACUGAGGAAGGUGAUGUUCCCGUGCCAGAAUCAGAAUUCUACCAUGUCCUAAACAAGGAAGAUGACUGCGAAACAUGCAGCCAAGAACCUUCAAUGGCUAAUGAAAAUGCCUACGCAUACGCUGAUUGCCGAACCUACACCGACAGUAUCACGCGCUCGGCUGCAUUCAUUUGUAGCCAGUCUGAUAGCAUGCCUAGGUGCCUAGAGGGUUCUGAAAAGAUUGAACACGAAAUGAUAAAUAAUGAACUUUAUGUUAUCUCAAAGAAAUGAUGAAGCGGACCAAAAUUUAUCGUGAUACAUUACACUACCAUCAGAAUGCAAAACGCAGCCGUUUUACAACAAUCUGCCGGACCUCACAUUUUCACAACUGUUAUUUGUCUAUCAAAUUUACUUAUGUGUAUCUAAACACUUUUGCAAACAAAAUAUUGAACAGUUGAACCAUGAUCAUACCAGCUAGCGAAUACGUUUUUUUUGUGGUUAUAUGCGAAUUCACGUACGUGUUCAUAUAUAGUAAGUGAUCGAAGUUUCCCACUCUCUCAGAUCUUACUUUAUUUGCAUAAGGUUUUUGAUCCACAACGCUUUUUUUGAACUUAUGAAGAGCUGCUUCUCUUUUUAAAACUGGGUUUUAUAUCCAAAUGGUUCGGGACUUUAUCGGGACAAAUUUGGUUUGCAAGAAUUCUCUUCGAUGUCUUAUUUUUAUGAUGAUUUCUACAACCCUUUAACCCAUAUGGUGGUAUCCUGCCGAGACAAAAUGGAACUGAAUGAUACAAAACAACAUUUAUAAUUCGUUUCGGACAAUGGGGACAAGCAGGUACCCAUGGCAAUGGUCGAAAUUGAUGCCAUAAGUUUCACUCAAAAUUGUUUGGAAUUGUUAAUUGCCGAUAGGUGACUAUUUGCAAACAUCAAAUUUAAUGUUAAAGCUGUAAAUAAAAUAUACUUCUAAGCAUCUAAAUAUUAAUCUUAAAUUAUGUCGUUAUGUAUGGUUUGAAUGUUAUGGUUUAACCACAAGUAAUACCAUUAUUUUUUGCAACUAUACUAUGCAUACUAUCAGUGGCACUGUAAAUAUGAAAUCAUCAUUGUGCACCGAUAAAUACGCUCAAAAUUAUAAAUGAUAAAACAAAUCAUACAUUUGCACAAUUGCCUACAACGAAUUUGUGCUAAUUAUAUAUUGACAAGUCAGAUGUUAUCUUACAAAUGUAAUUAAUAUAUUCCUGAUUCCUUUUGUAUGAAAGUCAAUAAAAAUAAGGCCUGACUUCA